AUGUUUAUUGACGCUGCCGUGAACGUUUUAUGCAGAGGUGUAUUUCCGUCGCCGGUUCAGUGGCAGUUGCAACACGUCAGGAAUCGCGUGUCGAUAUCUUCCUUCAAGCAGUGGAAGGAUCUCUUGAUUUUCAAAAGAUACGACGGCCAUCACGUCUGGAACCUGCCCCAACUUAAACCACAAGAAUUUGGAUUCCGACGCAUUCGCCGUAAGCCACCUUUUUUUAAGGUACGCAAGUUGAGUUUUCCCAAGGUGACGAAGUCGUACACUCCAAGUCACCCCUUCAAUCGCACGCUGCAAAUCGAGUACAACUGGCAGGCGUACUCCGCCCUGUACCACGAAUUUCAUGACGCAUUAAGGGAACAGCUACCCGGUGUUACCAUCAAUGCGAUAGCUAAAGGCGGCGACACAAAGCUCAAAGUUUCAACCGAAAACGGUUAUGUUAUCUUCGAUGCGGCUACGGACCGAUACAGUAAUGUACAAGACGUCAUAGAACACUGCUACCGAAACAUGCUGAAUCAUUAA